ACCCUUAGCCCCCAAAUCAAAACCAUUCAACAUCUUAUUUUCUUCUUCUUUACGAUCUACGAACUCACUCACUCAAUCAUUUCCAUGGCAGAAGUAUCUAGACCUAGCUCUGUCCCCGGAACCCGCCGCCAACCUAGCCGUCUUCAGCGCCGAGCUCCGGCUUCCUUACAGAUCAGCCCCGUAUCCGAUUGGAACGUAGCGAUUCCUUUACUCUCGCCUCUCGUUUCUCCAUCUUCUCCCAAGACGCUAGUCGAUCGGACGGUGGAGAAUAAAUCUAGAGACGACCAUCAUCAUCAUCAUCAUCAUCAGCGUCUCCGCCAGAGUAGCGAGUCGGAGAAGCCGAUCGUCUUCAAAAAGUGGCAGCAUCCGGCGGCUCCUUUCUGCUACGACUCUAGUCCGUUGGUCCGGCCUUUUGUUCCGGUUUAGGAAGAAGACCAUGAGACCUAGGGUUUGGUCUUUCUGUAAAUUGAUCUUUGAUUAUCUUUGACGAAUAUUAGCAAGUAGAUCUAACGCUGUAUGUUUCACCAUACUUCUUCAUCUAACAGACACAACUAUUUUUGAGAAAUUGUACAUGAAACUUUUUUUUUC